AUGGAAAUUGCUAAAUCACUACGGCGAAUAUUAGAAAGCAUACCAGGUGUCAGUACGAUCUUCCUUACUGAUCGUGAUGGUGUGAUCGUCCUUAGUGUCGGUGAGGAGCUUCGGUCAAGAGCUUCAUUGAUAUCAAGUCUGCAAGCUACUCAAGAUCAAACCGGAAAGCUGCUCUUAGGUCCUCAUAUUUCCUCUGUCUUUUUCUAUGAGAGUAGUCAGCUAGUUAUUUUGAAUGCUACACCAUUAAUGGCAUUCAUUGUCGCAUCACCGUCUGCCAGUACUGGUAGCAUACUCAAACUACGAGAAAAGUUGGAACCCUUGUUGCAGUUUGUUAACCGAUCGUUAUUGUGCCGUCGGCUUUGUCAAGGAACCCAUGGAGUCCGCCUUCAUCAACAGUAUUACAAGCACGGGAGGCGGUGGGGUGAUCGGCGAAUCCUUUUAGCAUUUGUUUCGGCCGCUGGAUUUUCCUUCGCUGAACACGGUAUACCUGAUGAACGCUAUGACAACAAAGCUUAUUUGCACAAGGAAUUUGAGCAUGAAAGCGACAGCGCAGAUGGUUGGGAGACGUUGGUGGAAGAGGAAGAUCUGAAAGUAUAUAGAAGGUUAGUACCGGGCAAGUAUGUGAUUUAUGAAUAUAAAUGUGUUGGCUCGUAUUACGACAUCAGUCCGAAUUAUUUUCUCGACGUGCAAAACGAGCUGGCGUUCAGAAAGGAGUGGGACAGCAAUGUGCUGAGAUUAGAACUGUUAAAGGAGGAAGAUGAGCACGAGCUGAUUCGAUGGGUACAGAAAUACCCGUAUCCGUUAUAUCCUCGAGAAUAUGUGUACGCUCGGAGAACAUGGGUUUCCGAGGAUUCUCAUACAAUCAUUGUUGACAGUGAGUUGGUACCUGGAAGUUCUAAAAACGUUCGUGUGGCUAAGUAUAGGUCGCGAAUGGCUGUGAGAUCACAUAAGGAAUUUGACGACCACGGCUUAGAUUUUGUCUUAACAUACUUCGACAAUCCUGAAGCGAACAUACCACGGUAUGUCUACAAUUGGAUGGUUAAUCAUGGGGGACCAUAUUUCCUGCAACAGGUUCAUGAAGCAGCGCUGGAAGCGGAGCGAUCAGGUCGUAAGUUGUCAUGGACAUCUGACAGGAUAGAAAAAUAUCGGCACAACGUGCUCAGGAGGACAGAAGAGGAGACAAGUGACGUUAUAUUGCUAGAGGAAACGGUGAAGGAUGAAGCUGAUGAAUCAGAACUUGUCGACCUGGAAACACCUCCUUCAAAACCACGGAAAUUUUCUUUUACUUCUUUGGAUACAAACCUGCCAGCAGAGGCAUACGUGAGCGCUUAG